CCAUCACACUUCCUGGAAACAUAAGCAGAACAUCUGACAGAGAAUCAUCGAAGUGUAUUAAUUUUCUAUACCUACUCUUAUCACUUGAUCGUCAUACAGUUACCAUUUAAGCAUCUUCUUCUAUCAUCUGCGCUAUCCUAAGAGUUUGCUUGAUUUCUGCAUGCCUUGCUUUUCUUUGAACUCAACAAAACCCACUUUUCUAUUUUAUUUUCCCACUUUUCUUUUAGCUUAAAGAAGAAAAGCAUCUCUGUUGUUUAACUCUGAAAAAAAAAAAACAUUUGAUCUCUUAAAUUACUUUUGUUUGAUCCUUGUUAGCUACUUUUCCUUUCUUUAAUUAUGGUUUUACGGUCUCCGGAGUUGGUGAAGUAAUUCCAUUUCAAUUGAGUGACAAGAAUUUCUACAUCUGUAGCAUUUUCAAUUUUCAAGUUGGUCGAUCAACAAUCCGUUCUCUUGCGAUCCUCAUUUUCAUAAAGAUUCAUUUUAACCAAGUUGUAGAUCCAUGGCGGUAUCAUUUUUAUACGAGAUGGUCGGUAACAUGUUGUCCAAUUUCGUGUCCGAUUUUGUGUCCAAUACUGUGUCAGGUGCUGGGCAACGACUUUGCUUGAUUUUCAAGCGGGACGAGGAUCUGGAGAAGAUUCGAGAUACUCUCACCACUGUAAAAGAGUUCAGUCUUGAUGCUGAGGAGAAGCAAGAGAGCGACCCUGCCUUGAAAAAGUCGAUAAUUGAGGUGCAAGAUGUUGUUUACGAUGCAGACGACUUAUUGGACGAAAUUGACUAUGAAAUCCUGGGCGAGAAGGUGCGUGCUCGGGAACAGGAACCUGGGGUGCAUGCUCGGAAAAAGGUACGCAAAUUAAUUUCAUCUUUUGAGAUGGGCCCUAAAAUUAAGGAAAUUAGAGGGAGGCUGGACAAGGCUGCGGCAGUCAUUUCUACGUUUAACUUGAGGAAGAGAGUUGCAGAACAGGAUAAGAAAGCUAAGUGUAUUUACAGGGAGACUGCUUCAAAGGUGAGGUCGGAAAUAAUAGGGCGAGAAAAAGAUAAAGGUGAAAUUAUAAAAUUAUUGUUGCAGGAGCAAAAUGAUCAUGGUGACAGCAUCUCUAUUGUUGCCAUUGUUGGGUUUGGAGGUUUGGGAAAGACCUCGCUCGCCCAAUUGGUGUAUAAUGAUGCAGAAGUAGAAAGUUACUUUCAGAGACGAAUAUGGGUGUGUGUUUCUGAAGAAUUUAAUGUUGGUAUAAUUUUUAAAAAAAUCUUGGAGUCUCUUGAAGGUGAUAAAGUGAAUGACUUGUGUCUAGAUAUUUACGUAGACAAGCUUCAAGAAAAAUUAAAAGGGAAGAAAUAUUUACUUGUGUUAGACGAUGUGUGGAAUGAAAAUAAUUUAGAGUGGGAUAAAUUUUCACAAUAUCUAGUGUUUGGUGCUUCCGGAAGCAAAAUUCUUGUGACUACUCGUAAUAAGACAGUUUCAUCUACUAUGGGGGUGCACGAUCCUUACCUUUUAAAAGGUCUCAAUGAGGAUCAAUCUUGGGUUUUGUUUAAGCAGGUGGCAUUUCAAGGACAAGGCCAAAUCGAUACAGACCUUAGAGUAAUUGGAGGAGAUGUUGCACGAAAAUGCAAAGGAGUUCCUCUUGUUCUCAAAUGUUUGGGAGGUUUGAUGAGACAAAAGCCUGAUAAAAAUUAUUGGUCGUCUGUUCAAAAAAAUGAAAUUUGGAAGGUGCUAGAAAAAGAUGAUAGUAUUUUCCCGGUGUUACAAUUGAGUUACAUUCACUUGCCAAGACAUUUAAAACAAUGUUUUGCUUUUUGUUCACUUUUCCCAAAAGACUUCAAGAUAUUUAAAGACAAGUUGAUCCGAUCAUGGCAAGCACAAGGUUACAUUCAAUUAAUGGAAAAUGAGAAUGUACAAGACAUUGGUGAAGAAUACUUUAAUAAUUUGCUGUCAAGAUCAUUUUUUCAAGAGGAGGAGAAAGAUGCAGUUGGGAAUAUCAUUUGUUGUAAAAUGCAUGACCUUAUCCAUGAUCUUGCAUUAUCAGUUACAGGUCAUCAUUUUCAUUGGAUGAAAGAUGAAAAAGAAAAUAUUUCAAAAAGAGUUCGACAUGUGUCAUCAGAAAAAAAUUCCAAAGAAGUUGUUUUGACUUUGUUGGAAACAAAAGAGAUAAGAACUAUAUUUUUUCGGACACAUAUUUUCGAGGAUUUAUUUCUUCAAAAUGUAACUUUUUCAUGCUUUAAUUGUUUACGAAUGUUGAAUUUGAGUCGGAUGGACAUUGACAUUUUGCCAGAUUCAAUUGGUGAAUUGAAGCAUUUGAGAUAUCUUGAUCUUUCUUCUAAUAACAAGAUGAAAGUGCUCCCAGAUACAAUAACCAAAUUGCACCAUUUGCAAACUCUAUUACUCGAACAUUGCACCAGUCUUGAAGAAUUACCAAGAGAUAUACAACACUUGAUUAGUUUGGAAUAUCUCAAUAUUGAUAAUUGCCAAGCCCUAAAGUACUUGUCAAAAGGGUUAAGGGAAUUGACUUCAUUACAAAGAUUGGGCAGAUUUAUUGUGAACAGUGUUGAAGAAAGUUUCUCAGCUGCAGCCACGUUGAAUGAGUUGAGGGACUUAAAUGACCUUAGAAACAGCUUAACAAUUGAACACUUAGAAAAGGUGAAGAAUGUGGAGUUCGAAUCUAAGGAGGCGAAUUUAAAGAAAAAGAAACGACUUCAAUCUUUGAAAUUAUAUUGGAGAUCUCCCUUGCAUUGGAGUCCUUCCUCUCUAGCAAGUGUGGAAAAGGAUGAGUCGUUGUUAAAUAAUCUUGAGCCACACCCGAAUUUGAAAGAGCUGAUGGUAUCCUCUUAUGGAGGAGCAAGGUUUUCGAGUUGGCUAUCUUCGUUGACUAAUUUAGUCGAUCUUCAAAUAGCACAUUUAAGGAAUUGCCAACGUCUACCACCCCUGGAUCAUUUUUCAUCUCUCAAAUCUCUCACUCUUUACUUUUCCAAUGCUUUAAAACGCCUGCCACCCUUGGAUCAUCUUUCAUCUCUCAAGUGUCUUGUACUUGUGGAGUUAAAUGCUUUAGAAUACGUGGCAGAGUCUUUCCCCUUGCAUCGCUCCAGGUCAGGAAAACCAUUCUUCCCGUCGCUUAAGACACUUUGCAUCCGACGGUGUUCUAAUCUCAAAGGAUGGUGGAGGACAAAGAAUGAGAACCAAGGAUCGAUCGCUGAGCUGCUUUGCUUUCCUUGCCUUUCCAUGUUAGAAAUCAUGGGCUGCCCAGACUUAACCUCAAUGCCGCUGUUUCCAUCUCUCGACCAAAAUUUGACUUUGGCAGAUGCUAGUAUAAGGCCUUUGCAACAAACAUUGAAGAUGACGAUGACCGAGGCUAACAUGACAUUAGAAGAAGCAUCAUCAUCAUCAAUGAGCACAUGUCAUUCAUAUUCUUCGGCUACGUUUCCUCUCUCCAAUUUGAAGCGUCUGAGACUUGAAGGCAUUAAGGAUUUAGAAGUUCUGCUAGAAGAGUUCCUGCUGCCGUAUUGCCCCAAAUUGGAAUCACUACUGCCGCAAAAGAUGAGUUGCCUCACCUCUUUACAACAAUUGUGGGUUCAAAAUUGCCCUAAUCUGAAGGAUUUGCCCGACUGGAUACUCAAUCUCACUUCCCUUAGAAGUCUUCAAAUCAAUGAGUGCCUUGAAUUACAGUCCAUUCCAGAAGGGACGCCUCAGCUUACAUCUUUAGAAGAAUUAUCUGUUCAGAAUUGUCAUAAUUUGAGGGCUUUGCCAGAGUGGAUACUCAAUCUCACUUCCCUUAAAACACUUCGAAUUUGGGAGUGCCUUGAAUUACAGUACAUGCCAAAAGGGACACAUCAGCUUACCUCUUUAAAAGAAUUGUUCGUAGGGAAAUGCCCUAAUCUGAGGGCUUUGCCAGAUUGGAUACUCAAUCUCACUUCCCUUAAAACACUUCGAAUUUGGGAGUGCCUUGAAUUACAGUACAUGCCAAAAGGGACACAUCAGCUUACUUCUUUAAAAGAAUUGUUAGUAGGGAAAUGCCCUAAUCUGAGGGCUUUGCCUGACUGGAUACUCAAUCUCACUUCCCUUACAAAACUUCAUAUUCAGGAGUGCCUUGAAUUACAGUACAUGCCAGAAGGGACGCAUCAGCUUACCUCUUUGAAAGAAUUGUCCAUUGAAAAUUGCCCUCAUCUUAGGGCUUUGCCUGACUGGAUACUCAAUCUCACUUCUCUUGAAACACUUCAAAUUUGGAAUUGCCUUGAAUUACAGUACAUGCCAGUAGGGAUUUCUCGGCUUACAUUCUUAGAAGAAUUAUAUGCUGACCGCCAUAAUUUGAGGGCUUUGCAAGACUGGAUACUCAAUCUCACUUCCCUCAAAGAUCUUUAUAUUUGCGAGUGCCUUGCAUCACCGUACUUGCAAGAAAGGAUGCAUAACCUCACCUCUUUACAACGAAUGAUAGUUGAAUCUUGCCCUAAUCUAAGUUCUUCUAGACAUUCUCUCAAAACACUUCUAAUUCGGGGGUGCCCUGAUAUAUACUCCUGGAGAAUGAGGCAUUCUUUGUCCUCUUUAGAAGAAUUGAAUGUUCAAAAUUGCCCUAAUCUGGGGAAAUUGUUGUAUCGCAUAUCAUUUUUAAUCACUUGCCUCAAAACACUUACGAUUUGUAAGUGCCCUGAAUUACAAAACUUGCAAAUGGUGGAUCGCCUUACCUCUUUACAAGUAUUGUCAAUCAGUGAAUGUCCAAAAUUGUCGGAAAGAUGUGAAAAGGAAACCGGAAUCUUGUGGCCUCACAUUGCUCACAUCCCAUCUAUUAUAAUUGAUGGGCAACAGAUUCAGUGAUGAUCAUACAAUAUAUAGGAAGAUUUCAUCUUGCCAAUUUCCUUCCAAAGCAGACUGUUGUUGAAUUGAAACCAAGAGAAAUUUCUAUUGAUUGAGAGAGUACGAAUUGAUUUCAACUUGCCAAUGCCAUUGUGAAGAAGAGUACUACAAUCCAUGGAUUGGAAGCUUUACUCUCAACAGCGCCAUCACUAUCUAUGUUACAGUUUGAUGGCAAUUCUAUAUGACAGAAAUUGCACAGCAUGCAACUCUUUCACCUUUUCUUCCCAAGAAGUAAGUGAUCUUGAAUUUAAGAAAAAUAAGAGGUAUCAUGACUAGCUCACCAACUCCCUUUCGAGGCAUUCUUGAAAUGCAGGCAAACAACACUUGCUAAGUAGCGGCUCGAGUGAUUGGGAGAAUAGUAUGGAGUUGAGCUGUUUGGAAAACCCCUUUGCUUCUUUCAAAAUCAAUGUCAAUAGUUCCAUAUUGGCCGUUCUUUGAGGUCUUUGAACAGUGGCUUCAAUUCUAGUCUGUAGGCCUUUACUUAAUUAACCCAAACUGUUAAGGGGACCUAAAUACAAAUGUUCUUUCCAAUGUAUAUGGAGAAGACUUUUGGGAUACUGUUCUGGGAUUUACUAUUUGCUACAUUUGGGUGCUGCAAAGUGUCAAAGAAUUGUCAAUCAAAGAAUGUCCCCAAUUGUUGAAAAAAUGUAAAAAAGAGACUGAAAUCUAGUGGCCUCACAUUGCUCUCAUCCUGUCUAUUUAUAUUGAUGGCCAACAGAUUCAAUGAUGAUCAUACAGUACAGUAGGACGAUUUUAUCUUGCUAAUUUCCUUCCAGAGCAAACAGUUGUUGAAAUUUCUAUUGGAUUAUAGACUUUUUCUGAUAGUUUGAGAGAGAACAUGCGGAUUUCAACAUGCCGAUGCCAUUGUGAAGUAGAGUACUAGAAUCGGUAGAUCGAAGGCUUUACUCUCAACAGUGUUAUCACUAUCUAUGUUACAGUUUGAUGGCAAGUCUAUGUAAAAAAGACUGCACAACAUGCAACUCUUUCACCUUCUUUUCUCAAGAAGUGAGCCUUGGUCUAAUGAUCUUGAAUUCAAGAAAAGAAAGAGAUGCCAAUGACUUGCCUGCCAACUCCCUUCCGGCCAUUUUUGAAAUACAGGAUGAUUAUAUCAUGCUAAUUUCCUUCCAGAGCAGACUGUUGUUAAAUUGAAACCAAGAGAAAUUUCUAUUGAUUGAGAGAGUAAAUAUUGAUUUCAACUUACAAAUGCCAUUGUGAAGAAGAGUGCUACAAUCCAUGGAUUGGAAGCUUUACUCUCAACAGCGUCAUCACUAUCUAUGUUACAGUUUGAUGGAAAUUCUAUAUUACAACGAUUGCACAGCAUGCAACUCUUUCACCUUUUCUUCCCAAGAAGUGAGCCUUGGUCUAACGAGCUUGAAUUUAAG